CGAGUGUACUAUACUGUACUGUACAUGACAAGGCAGCACCCUUCCGCAAAGGUAUAUAAGGAAGCCCCAACCACUAGACUGAUGAUCCCCAUCAACAAGCAGUCCUCGCUCAACCAAACACAACCAACCCAAACCAACCCAAACCAACUAUCUCUUCAAAGAUGUUCUCCUACCUCGUCCUCGCUGGUGUCGGUGCCCUCGCCCUCGCUGCUCCCUCCGCCCGCGCCGAGUCCCACAACGUCCAGCUCGUCAACAACUGUGGUAGCGGAAACCCAGUCUUCCUUUACCAGGGUGACUCGACUCCUGCCGGUUCCAGGACGAUCAACGGCCAGCUCCUCGGUGGUAUCGCCUGGAUCGACGGCUUCGCCGGUGCCGACUGCCAGAGCUCGGGUGUCAACUGCGGCAUCGUCGAGUUCACCCUCACGAACCCAAGCAACCCUGACAACACCCAGAACAGCGCCGACUACUCGCUCCUCGACGGCAACGACCCCCAGACCGGCGCUGGUCUCGGCAACCACAAGUACACGUACCCCAUGAACUUUGCCUUCACCGGUUCGUGCACCAAGGCUGCACCCGGCCAGUGCACUGGCGACUCCGCCCAGGCCUGCCCUGGCGCUUUCCUCGGCUCGGCCACGACUGGCGGCGCCCCCGUCCAGUGCGUCUCGGACGACGCCGGCAUCCUCAUCACCUUCUGCUAAGCGCGCCGCCAUAAGGCGUAUGAAGUGUCCCUUUUCAAGCAGCCAAGAUCCAAGCUCCCGAAUCUUUUUUGGCCUUCCCUCAUUCCGUCCAGGUUCCUUCCUUCAAGCCUCUCUAUUUCGGGCUUAAUGUUCGUUCUUAAUUCUCGUCUUCCCUCUCUCUACUCU